AUGUCCGUGCUUAUGUUGUACAACUCCGCCCUCGUACACUCGGUCGGAAGUAUUCAGUCUCAAACCUCCAUUGAAUUGCCAACCUUGCUGCAAAUUUUACACAUACUGUUAAAAGCCAAAGUGUUAAAGGUGACUGAUGAACCAGUUUCUGGUCACUCGGCUCUCUCUGCCGAUGCGUUGACGACUCCUGCAAUCUCUUUGCUCGCAGAAGACUCAUCCGACUUACAGCUAACCACGGAAACUAAUCUGGCUUUGUAUACAACUUAUAAGAAGUAUGUCUCAUCAGUCCAACUUUACUUCAUUUUGUCACAUCAGCAUAUCAUUUGA